UUCGCGAAGUUGCCGUCCCCGCUCGUGUCAAAAAAAAAGUUGAAAAAGGCAAAACGUUCCAGCGCAAGGACGAAAGCGUAGUGAAAUAUUUUAAAUACUGCUUAAUCGAAAAUUAUUUGAACAAAAUUACACAAUUUUAAGUGUCGAGCUGGCCCGCAGGAUCGAUUUCUGUGAAUAAAAAAUUUGAAGUGAACAGAAAUGAGUUCGGAAGAGAGCACAGAGCAAACUACUGCUGAACCGACUGCAGUCGGACAAACCGAAGAGCAGGAACAACAGCAAACGGUUAGCGAGCUUGAGAAGCAGGAGGAAGCAAAACUGAAGGCAAAGUAUGGCACAAAUGUUGGUCUUGGUGGUCCACGCGGACUUGGUGGUCACUCGGCCUUUCUGCAGAAGCGUCUUCAGAAGGGGCAAAAGUACUUUGACUCCGGCGACUAUCAGAUGGCUAAGCAGAAGGGUGGCGGCGUCAAGCAGGUGUUCGCCAAUAAAGUCCCCACCGGAGAAGCCAUUCCGACACCGGAAACCGUGCCAGUACGAAAAACCUCGAUCAUCCAAACCUGCAACAAAUUUCAAACCAGUUAAGUGAGUAUUCCAUGCUCUCCUCCCUCACUCGUUCAUUUGGGAUUUGUCGUUCCCCUUCCCGUUAUUCGUUUCUAUGAUGCCGUGUUUGUAAUUAUCUCCUUUAUUCUGCUGUGUGAGUUUGUAUUAAAAAAACGAGGUGAAAUUAGUUCAUCUUUCCUGUUUCUGUAUUCUGAAGAAUAGCUCAGGAUGCUCAGAGUACAUUUGGUCACGCUUUCAACUAGAUGUUAGAAUUUGAUUUUAGGUUUAUACUCUAGAUUAAAAAGGCUAUCUAUAUAUUUUGCUAAUUAUAUGUUACAUUCAUCAUUUUCUCCAUUAUUUCGCUAAAUAAAAUUGAUUAAUAUUAAAACAAAAUUCCGAUAAGCAAAAUGGUAUAGGUACUAUGUUAAACUGGUUAAAAUAUCCUUAAGGUGAAGCUAAAAGUAGUACUUUUGAGAACAUAACACUCUUAAAGAUGCAGAUGGCUUUGCAGAACAUGCUAAAGUCGUUCAUUUAAUGAAUCGUGCCGUCACGGUGUAAUCUAGUGGGAACGCAACCAUACCGGCUUCCUGAGCAAGUCGAAGGUGUUUAAAUGUUCUGUAAUGUAUAUGUGAAUAAUUAUUUUUGGUUUUA